AUGAAAAGGUUUAUUAAGUACGAAUUCCUUAACAAGACCGAACUUGAAUACGAAGUGAAGAUUAGAUGUGAGGAACCAGCUAAUACUGUAUUACUUCUAAAAAAACAGGUUUUGCGUUUAGUUGAGAAUUCUCACCCUGAAGAUAUUCUGACUUCUCCAAUUCCGAUUGAGGAUGACUUGUCUCAAAUUGAUUCUACUUUGACCUACUUGGACUGUAAAAUUAAAAAAUUUUUACAAGGCGAAACCAAAUACUUGCGACUAAUAGAAACUUUUAUUAAUCAUGUCUUUUACAGAUUGGAACGAAUAGAUACUGACUUAUAUCCAGACUUUAAAGCUAUUUUCGAUACUUUGAAGAUGAAAUAUGACGAUAUUACUAAACAAUUUGAAUCCUUGACUCCAGCUCCAACUGAAAAUGACCCUCCAUCACUUGACCCUCCUGUUGACCCGACUGUCAUGGAACUCCCUCUUGUUUCUCAAACUUCUGUUCAGGUCCAUACCCCGUAUUCUUCACCACCACCUCAAUCUUUUUCUCCAAAUAACGUCUUCAAAGAUCUGAAAAGACACACCUUCAAUGGUAAAAGCUGUCCAAGAUACUUUCUUCAAAAACUUCAAGAAUACUGCUUAGCUCGUGGCUUGUCCAAAGACUUGUUGAUUUCUCAAGCGUUCGAAAUUUUCACUGACAAUGCUCUUCAUUGGUUCAGAUUUAAAUAUAAUCAGAAUCCAAACUUAACGUGGAACGAACUUUCUUCGUUAUUAAUCAAAGACUUUGGUGGUUUUGAUUAUGAUUACAAACUUUUAGAAGCGAUUAGGAAUCGAACUCAAGGUCGAGAUGAACCUAUUGUCAUCUAUAUUUCCAUCAUGUCUGGAAUGUUUUCUCGUCUUUCGAAGAAACUUUCUGAAACAGAACAAUUGGAGAUUAUUUUAAGGAAUAUUCGCCCAUGUUAUUCAGUCUUCGUAGCUCUAAAAGACAUUGACUCUAUAGACUUUCUUCUGGCUACUUGCCAAAACUAUGAAAAAUUCCUAGACAGAGACAAACAAUUUAAAGAACCAAAUGUACAACAAAGUCCUCUUAUUUCUGAAUUCAACUACAAGCAUUCCACUUCAAGUUCAGUUGACUCUCCAAAUUCUUCUAAUAACUCACGACCUUCUCCUCUCCUCAUUAAUAAAUUCACUUCAUCCUACAAAUACCCUUCUAGACAAGUUAAUAGUCUCUCUCAAACUAAAGCUCCUCAAGAAAGCUCCUUUUGUGUUCGCUGUCGUAAACAAGGUCAUUCUUUGAACACCUGUACUCAACCACGAUUCGUGAUUUGUUUCAAAUGUGGUCUUAAGGGUUUUAAAACUGCAGAUUGCCCUACUUGUUCUCCCAAACCCAAUACUAGUUCAAAAAAACUAACUGCUGACUUGAAAAGUAACUUAAACUUUGAUAAUGACGAUUGGACUAAUUGGAUUAAAACAAUUCAAAUCUUCUUUUCUUAUUACAAAAUCUCUUCUACACUCUACUCCAAGGAACAAGAUCUUAAUCGUCCAUUCGUUAAUGUCAAAAUUUAUAACUUAACUUUAUCUGGUUUACUAGAUUCUGGCAGUUUAGUAACUAUUCUGGGUAAUAAUUCUUAUUUGGAAAUUCUUAAACUGGGCUGCAAACUUUUCAAGUCAGAUCUUAUUACUGUCUCUACUGCUAAUAAUGAAAAAGUUAAUUCCUUGGGUUAUUUUGACUUACCUGUUCAUUUCAAUAAUCAAACUCAUUUAAUUAAAGCUUACGUUUUCCCUGAAAUAUUUCCUUCGCUAAUACUAGGUAUUGACUUUUGGAAAAAAUUUAAUCUUUUACCUAGUGUUUUAUCUUCUCUUAACUUUACAGAAUCUAAAUGCUCUGCUAUCGAAACUAAAGAUACUAAAGUUUUACCUUAUGAGCAUUUAACUCCUAAUCAAAACAACAUCGCUAAUGACAUCAUCCAACGCUUCAAGACAAUUUCUUUUGAAGAAAAAGGUAUCCUGGGAAGCACACACUUAAUUACCCACAAGAUUGACACUGGUGAUUCUCUUCCAAUCAAACAAAGAUGUUACAGACUGUCUCCUGUAAAAUAA